AUGAUAACAAUUCUGCAUUUGUAUCUUGAGACUGAGUUGCUGGAGAAGAAGCUGUUGAGAUAUGGUUCAGAGACUGAGGUGCUGGAGAAGGAGCUGUUGAGAUAUGGUUCAGAGAUUGAGGUGCUGGAGAAGGAGCUGUUGAGAUAUGGUUCAGAGAUUGAGGUGCUGGAGAAGGAGCUGUUGAGAUAUGGUUCAGAGACUGAGGUGCUGGAGAAGGAGCUGUUGAGAUAUGGUUCAGAGAUUGAGUUGCUGGAGAAGGAGCUGUUGAGAUAUGGUUCAGAGACUGAGGUGCUGGAGAAGGAGCUGUUGAGAUAUGGUUCAGAGAUUGAGGUGCUGGAGAAGGAGCUGUUGAGAUAUGGUUCAGAGACUGAGGUGCUGGAGAAGGAGCUGUUGAGAUAUGGUUCAGAGAUUGAGUUGCUGGAGAAGGAGCUGUUGAGAUAUGGUUCAGAGACUGAGGUGCUGGAGAAGGAGCUGUUGAGAUAUGGUUCAGAGAUUGAGUUGCUGGAGAAGGAGCUGUUGAGAUAUGGUUCAGAGACUGAGGUGCUGGAGAAGGAGCUGUUGAGAUAUGGUUCAGAGAUUGAGUUGCUGGAGAAGGAGCUGUUGAGAUAUGGUUCAGAGACUGAGGUGCUGGAGAAGGAGCUGUUGAGAUAUGGUUCAGAGAUUGAGGUGCUGGAGAAGGAGCUUUGGAGAUAUGGUUCAGAGAUUGAGUUGCUGGAGAAGAAGCUGUUGAGAUAUGGUUCAGAGACUGAGGUGCUGGAGAAGGAGCUGUUGAGAUAUGGUUCAGAGAUUGAGUUGCUGGAGAAGGAGCUGUUGAGAUAUGGUUCAGAGACUGAGGUGCUGGAGAAGGAGCUGUUGAGAUAUGGUUCAGAGAUUGAGGUGCUGGAGAAGGAGCUGUUGAGAUAUUGUUCAGAGACUGAGUUGCUGGAGAAGGAGCUGUUGAGAUAUGGUUCAGAGAUUGAGUUGCUGGAGAAGGAGCUGUUGAGAUAUGGUUCAGAGACUGAGGUGCUGGAGAAGGAGCUGUUGAGAUAUGGUUCAGAGAUUGAGGUGCUGGAGAAGGAGCUGUUGAGAUAUGGUUCAGAGAUUGAGGUGUUGGAGAAGGAGAUGUUAAGAUAUGGUUCAGAGAUUGAGGUGCUGGAGAAGGAGCUGUUGAGAUAUUGUUCAGAGACUGAGUUGCUGGAGAAGGAGCUGUUGAGAUAUGGUUCAGAGAUUGAGUUGCUGGAGAAGGAGCUGUUGAGAUAUUGUUCAGAGAUUGAGUUGCUGGAGAAGGAGCUGUUGAGAUAUGGUUCAGAGAUUGAGGUGCUGGAGAAGGAGCUGUUGAGAUAUUGUUCAGAGACUGAGUUGCUGGAGAAGGAGCUGUUGAGAUAUGGUUCAGAGAUUGAGGAGCUGGAGAAGGAGAUGUUGAGAGAGUAUUAG